GGCUUGGGCGGCCAGCAGUCACUUUGGUCUCAACAUCGAGGCCCUCCGCACGGAACUGCUGCAGGUGCAGGCCAUGCUCGAACGAGCUGCCACCAAGGAGCUCGUCGGGCUGGCCACGGAGAAGCUGUUGCAGAAUCUGCAGAACUCGGCCCACAAUGCCGAGGACUUGCUGGAUGAGCUGGACUACUUUCGCAUCCACGACAAGCUCCACAAUACGUACGAGGCUGCCGACGAGCAUGGCAAGGGUUGUGUCUGCGACAUCAUCCUUAAUGCUCGCCACACUGCCAAAGCUCUUGGCAAACAGAUGGCAUCAGUGUGUGCGAAUUGCUUUGGUGCCAAUGCUAGCCAUCCCCGACAAGAAGAUGCAAGACAAAAUGUCAACUGUUGUACUUGGCAGCGUGGUAGGCAGAGGUCAAAAAUGUCAGCUGGCCAUUCCCCCUCAGCGCCAAACGCCAAUCCUGUUGAUCAGGGGGUCAGCGGAUGCAUGCCCAAGCUUGGUAAACUCUUCCAGGGCUCAUCUUCCCCGCAUCCACAUGUUAGUGGUGAUGAAAAUCGUGGCAAUGGGCAAGAAACACCAAUGCCUAAGUUUAAUAGGGUUGAUUUCUCUCGAAGGAUGAAGGAGACUGUAGAGCAACUGAAGCUUAGGAGUGAGGAGGUUAACAAGAUUCUGACACAUUGUGGACCUAGAACUGUCCUAGACAUUGCCCAGCGUCGUCCCGCCACCACACCUCAGAGUGCAGAGCCAAAACUGUAUGGCAGGGACCGUGUCAUAAAUAGCAUGAUACAUGAUAUUACCGAGGGUCAAUACUGUGACAUGGGUCUAACUGUGCUUCCGGUUAUUGGUCCGGGGGGCAUGGGAAAGACAACUCUGAUACAACACAUAUAUAACAACCAACAAGUACAGAAUCAUUUUCCAGUCAGGAUUUGGAUAUGUGUGUCGUUCAGUUUCAACCUGGGUAAGGUGUUAGAACAGAUUAAAGAAGAUACCCUUACGGUUGAAGGUGAAAAUGGGUGUAGUACAACACAAGAGCUGAUUGAACACAGAUUGAAACACAAAAGGUUCUUACUUGUAUUGGAUGAUAUAUGGCAGUUUACUGAUGUGGAUGACUGGAAAAAGCUAUUAUUGAUGCUCGGCAAGUCACAAGAAAAGGGUUCCAUGAUUCUGGUCACAACUCGGCAAAAAGAAAUAGCAGAUCAGGUUAAGAAAACUGUGGAGCCAAAAGAACUGAACGGUUUAGAACCUGGAGAGUUUAAGAAGUUAUUCCUUGUAUAUAUCUUUGAUGCUGAGCAAUAUCCAAGGGAUAAACUUCAUUUGCUUAACACUGGAGAUGAGAUAAUGGGAAAACUUAAGUGCUCCCCUCUUGCAGCAAAGACCGUUGGUAGAUUACUGAGUAAAGACCUUAGUUUGCUUCAUUGGAGAAGGGUCCUAAACAGUAAAGAAUGGGCGAAGCAGAUCGAUGACAAUGGAAUUAUGCCUGCAUUGAAGCUUAGCUAUGACUUUCUCCCUUUCCAUUUGCAACAGUGUUUUUUCUAUUCUGCAUUGUUUCCUGAAGAUUACUUUUUCAGAAGCGAAGAGCUCAUCAGCCUGUGGAUUGGUCUAGAUAUUUCAAUACCUGCUGGUCAAAAUCAAACACUUGAAGACAUAGGUUUGAGAAAUUUAAAGGAGUUAGUCAUUCAUGGAUUUUUUAGAGAAGAUGAAAGUGAUGGUGAUCUGUGUUAUGUUAUGCAUGACCUGCUGCAUGAUUUGGCAUUGCAGGUUGCAUCCCAUUAUUGUCUCAGUUUACGUCUCUCUGAUGUUGGAUCAAUGGAAAUUCAGCCAUCCAUCCGUCACUUGUCUAUAAGCACAGAUGACUUGGGUGAAUAUGAUGCAAUGUCUGCUGAAAAAUUGAAGAGUGAAUUGGAAGAACUGAAGAAAAGAUUUACGGUUGAAGAUUUGCAAACAUUGAUGUUAUUCGGAGAAAUGGAUGAAGGUUUUGUCAAGAUAUUUGGUGAUUUUUUGGGGGAAGUGAGUUCUCUUCGUGUUCUUCAUUUGCCCAACAUGUUUUGUCCGGUGGAGUCCAUGUUACAUAACUUUUUAGGACUUAUCCACCUACAAUAUCUAUGUCUAGGGACAAAUGAGAGUGAGAUGCAUUUACCACUUGGCAUCUCCAAAUUUUAUCAUUUAAGGAUCCUAAAUCUUGAAAAGUGGCAUGGCAGUCGUGAUUUGCCCGAAGACAUGUGCAACCUUGCCAAAUUGUGCCAUUUUUAUGUCCCAAGUGAUGCUCAAUUUCAUUCUGAUAUUUAUAAUGUGGGAAAACUUAAACAUUUAGAAGAGUUGAAGCUAUUUCAAGUCAAUAAAAAAAGUGAAGGGUUUGAACCAAAGCAAUUAAAGAACUUGACCAAGCUGAGGGAGCUUGGCAUCUACAACCUUGAGAAAAUACACACAGAAGAAGAAGCAGCUCAAGCAAAACUGAUAGAGAAAAACUACCUGAGAAGGUUAACAUUGUGCUGGGAUAGUGAGCGAUCUAGUGUUGAGCCUAGCGUGGAAGCAGCGGUUCUUGAGAUCCUUCAGCCACAUGGAGAUCUUCAGGUGUUGUGCAUUAGAGGGCAUGGAGGUCCGUCUUGUCCAACAUGGCUGGGUGAUGAGUUUGCUGUUGAGGCUCUACAAUCUCUUUAUCUGGAUGGUGUUUCUUGGGAAGUUUUCCCUUCAUUAGGGAAGGCGUGGGAUCUUCAUGAAUUAAGGUUGGAGAAUAUUGCCAGACUGAAGGAUUUUAUCGUAGAGAAAAGCUUUUGCAGGCUAAUAAAGCUUACACUCAUUGGCCUAGGAAGUUUUGAAAAAUGGGUUUACACAGGCGAACAAGAGUCUUCUGUUGAUGGAGACUUGUUGCCACCGGAUGCUCAUAUGUUCCCACUUUUGCAAGUGCUUAUUAUUAGGAAGUGUCCGAAACUGUUGGGGUUUCCUUUCCCAAACCACAUUGUUUCCCCAGAUUGGUUCCCCAAGCUACAAGAGCUUGAGGUAACCGGCUGUCCAGAAUUCUCGUUAGUGAUUCUCAUCUCCUGGAUUGAAAGUCUGCGUCAUGUCAUGAUGCAAAAUGUAAAGCUACUAGCGUCUUUUUGGCACAGAAAAUCAUCCAAUGGAGCAGAAUUGGAGAUUACUGGAAAGGCUGAUUUGCAUAGCAUAGACCAAGUGUUAGUUUUUGAUAAAGAAACUGGUCUAGAGAAGCUGACACUCGAGAGGUGCCCACCUCUGGAGUUGAAGCACCUUCUGAUGCUAACCUCGCUGAAGACACUGAUUGUAGUUGAUUCAGAUUGGCUGGUUGGGCCACUAGGAGGAGGUCAGAGUGAUGUGGAAUGGCAGCUCCCUGUUGAGCAUAUCUGGAUCUCGGACUUAAAUGGUAAUGUUGGGGAGGAAUUGACAGAGCUCCUCCCUCACCUCCCAAAGCUCUCCAAAUUGGAAAUGUGGACAUGUAAAAAUAUAAAAAAGCUGGUAGUGGGGGUGGAUGUGCAACAAACAACAUUAGAAGCAUCAGAUAUGGGGGGAGGUGAAAUAACAGCAGCAGCAGAGGAAGAGGAUGAUGGGGUGCUGCUCUUCCCACCUCAUCUCUGUGACUCACUACGGGAAUUGGAGUUCCGAGGCUGCCAAGAGCUGGUCCUGGUGGACCCGCCAACUCUUGUUCCUGGAGGAGGAGGGCUCCAAGCGUUGCGAUCCCUCCAGAGAUUAGCAAUACAGUCGUCCCCAAAGUUUUUAUCCACCUUCUCCUUUUCCUGUCACAUUUUCCCUUCCUCCCUGCAGUCUCUGGAGCUUUGGGGUGUGCAAGGCAUGGGGACACUGGAGCCCCUCUCAAACCUCUCUGGUCUCACCAGAUUAAUAUUGAGAGGUUGUGGAGAGGAUCUGAAACGUCAGGUCUUGCUGUCUCUCCUUACCACCGGGGGCCAGCUCAAAGAAUUAAGAGUCAUGGGCAGCCCUAGAUUCUUUGUUGAUUGGGAUCCCAAUCCUAGACGGGCUUUGGAGGUUGCUGAGGGAGGUGAAGAGCAGCAGACACAGCUUGUUUCAUCCACACUGCAGGAGCUCUCGACAGAUGACAUAGCAGGACUCCUUGCUGCACCCGUCUGCAGAUUCCUCUCUUCCUCCGUCACCAAGCUGGCACUUUAUGGGUAUGGCUCUGAUGGGAUGGAGCGGUUCAGCAGGGAGCAAGAGGACGCCCUUCAGCUCCUCUCCUCCCUCCAGGAACUAGAGUUUUGGUGUUUCAAGGACCUUCAACAACUCCCUGCAGGGCUGCGUAACCUUACCAGCCUCAAGUUAUUAUCAGUCAAGUGCUGUCCAGCCAUCUCGUCAUUGCCCAAUGAUGCCCUCCCGGAUUCACUGGAAAAUCUAGAUGUCUAUAAAUGCAGCGAGGAGCUAAAACAGUACUGCAGGGGGUUGGAGGGAACCAUCCCAAAAAUCAUAACAAACUGA